GCCUGGGUUCAUGACUAGACAGAGAAAUGGCGGCGCGCAGUGCAAGAACGAGGAAUAUCAAUCCGACUGAAUCGUGCGCAAAAUGCGCCAGUUGUGGCGAGUGUCAAAAGAUCAUGAAACGUUGUACUCGAUGUAGACGCGCUAUUUACUGUUCGAGGGAUUGUCAAAUUCUGGACUGGCCAAAACACAAGACGGUUUGUUCCAGAAAGGUAUCUUCCUGCAGCAAAACACUGGACACGGAAGGUGAAACUGACUCUGCAAACACUUUUCUCGUAGAAAAGCUGCAAGAUGCCGUCAGUAUUCGAGACGGUGAACAGACAUCAAAUCACCCCCAAUCACAGACUGAGGUUAAUAUCUCUGAAGACUCACAAGAAACAUCUACAGCUCACCCAGAACCAAUUUGCAGUAUCGUCGUCAAAUGCCAAAGAGACAGGCAUCAGAUUCAUGUUAACUCAGGGUGGGAAGCCUCUACAAUGUUGUCCCAAAUCAGCGAGAAGGUCCGAAUUCCCACAGAGAAGCUGAAACUAGUACACAAAGGGAAGCUUGUCAGCGAGCAGAAUGUGAAAGAUUGUGUGAAAGACAAGGCCGUGUUUCAAGCCAUUGGUGAGGUGUCUGAGAGUGAGGAAGGCUUGGAUCCAGCUGUCAUUAACUUGGUGAUGUCCAAAAUCAAAGUAGACAGAAAUGAGGCCAUCCGAGCCCUCAGGCUCAAGGGAGACGUCACAGAUGCAAUACUUUACCUUGGGAACAAAUAAGAUAAACUGCAGGUAAUGAGAAGAAACAAGAGAUGCAAGUACUGUACUGGUACACCUCAUUCUAUGUACAAUGUACAUGAAGUGUGAAAGAGAUGUAGAGGAUGCGGUUACUAUGGACAGUGUCCAUGCUCGCAGCAUCCCUCCGUCGCUAAGGGGAUGUCAUCCUGUUGAGAUAUGUUGCAAUUGUGUCAUUUCGCUCUGUGCUUCCAGUAAACAUUUUUGAUUUUGCAGUGCCUUUUGAUUAACUGCUUGAUUCAUUUAUCUAAGGUAUACAAUUCAGGCACUGUGACUGGAUUAUUGGAUUAUUAAUUGUAAUGUCCCUUAUCCUACUAAAUGCAACAAAAUGCAUGAGCGUACAAAAGUUGCCCGAUGUUACUGGAUUUAGCAGUCAUCACAAGUGGACAAAUACAUGUACCUGGUGCGCUGUGGGCCGGUUUGUUUCACACGGGUCUUGAUCUCGAUCAGCCAUCCUAACACUGGUUCCCACCAUCCAUAAGCCGAGUUUUGGUGUCUGUAAACCAACGACGGAUCACCGAUCGUGAUCCAGAUCCAUGUGAUCUCAAUCAACGAUUCUUACACUGGUUCCCACCAUCCAUUAGACGAGUUUUGGUGUCUGCAUACCAUCAAAGGAUCGCUGAUCAUGAACCAGAUCCAUGUGAUCUAGAUCAGUGAUCCUUACACUGGUUCCCACCAUCCAUUAGGCGAGUUUUGGCGCCUGUAAACCAACGACGGAUCACUGAUCAUGAUCCAGAUCCGUGUGAGACACACAUAGCCUUGUAGAGUAAGGUAGCAUAACACAUUGGCUGAUGCUUCGCCUGAUACGUGUACACAUAACGUGUACACGUAUAGUGUAAUAAACUCACUCAAUCUGAUUGCAUUUCAUAGGAUCUUUGGCAUUUGGAUUGUGUCACAUGUAGCAGGUUUCCGAGGGACAACCUCAAUUAGUAGGGAUUCAUAAUUACUGUGCUGAACUAAUGUUCCAGAGAAAAAAAACCCCCAAAACAAACAUUGAAGACAGUUUAUUCAGGACAGUUGAUGAAAUGACAUUCUCACUCCCACAUAUGAGUAAAAUUAUUAUGAAUUACAAAAAGUUUAGCUAAAACUGGAAUUGUAGAUUUCAUAUAUGUAUCAGUUUUACACAUUGGUACAACUAGUGCAGUCGUUGAACUGUCUCUGAGUAUUCUAGUAGUUGUGUUGUUCAAUUUAAGGGGUGGAAGUAUAUUUCUAAAUCUGGGGGAUUCCAAAAGUUUUGCACCAAAGUUAUACAAUAAGGUAUCCCUUCUAGUUUCAAGACAAGAAAUACCGGUACCUAACACAUCCAGGGCAAGGGAGUAGCUGUGAUACUGACGAGGGCCCAAUAUAAUACGACAUGCACGUUUUUGUACAUUUUCAAUUUGAUUAUGACAUCCAUUACUUAGGUACUUGUACCUCUACAAACCCAGCCCUGUACUUAAUAUUCGUGAUGUGAAAUGCAUACUUCUGAGCAUUUGAAUAAGGCCCAUUGUACUGGUGAUAUCUAACGACUUGUCCAGUGCUGGUCACGUUCCCAUGCUUAUUGACACGAGUGAACUAGAUUCAACACCUGAAUAAUGCAAUCUUUAAGUAAACAUGAGCUGGGUAGUCUAGUCUUCAGAUUACAGAGGUCUGCUUUUUUCUCAGUUCAUGCUCGGACGUAGUUCUUGCAAUCUGUAAAAGUUAAAAGCCAUAGAGAUACCCAGCAGGAUAUACACUGUAGGAAUACUACAAGCAUGGAUGAGGUUUGUACAACGCUUUUGUCAGCAUUUGAAAAUUGUGCAUCCAAAUCUGCUUAAAAUGGAAAAGAUCGAGCUUGAAGUUACUGAAUGUUUGUGCUUGAACGUGUGAUGUGCAUGCUAAGGUGUCCAAACAGCCUAUGGCGUGUAAGAGAUAGACAGCCCUUUGUCUAAAACCCCAUAAAUUAGGAAAACAUUUUUCUCAAAGCAUGAAGAAGUAAAGAUACUGUAUUGGCAAUGUUAAUCUUGUGGAUUUUUUUCCACACCUUUGCACAUUUUCCAUUUAUUCCAACAUGAAAUGUUGCCUGCCCCUGCAUGUUUGCCCCUUAAUGUGCAAGUAUACUCCUGUGGGUCACAGGAGCAUAGGGGUAAGAUAUGUCUGUAUUUAUUGUGAUUUCCGGAUUUUUUUCAUCCGGAUUUUCCCGAUUUCAAGUCUUUCAAACAAUCUGUUGGGUGAGAUAUGUCAAGAUUUCAGGAUUUUUUAUAUCAUGAUUUUCCCAAUUUCGGGAUCUUCAAGCAAUCUGUGUUUAAAAUCAGUAAUAUCCCAAGUUCACCACUGGUCGUUUUACAUAUAAAAGGAUAUAAAACACAAGAAUUGGGUAAUAAGUAAAGGGGUACCUUUAGGCAAACACAAAUAUAUGAAGUAGACCGUAAACUUCUUUAGGACCCACAAAACUGUUGGUGAUUAUUUCGUAGAUUUUUAAAUUUCCUCCAAUCUCACUCCUGCUGUGGAGGUUUGUGCACAGUACAGGAUGAUGAAGAUGAGGUUGAAUUGUGGCUCACAACAUUUUAUGAACUCACAUGACGUUUUACUAGGCGGUGGGAUUAUUUUGCAAUCGCUUUUCUCAGUUGUGUAACCCCUUUGCGGUAGUACUUGUGAUGUUACCUCAACUUGCCUGGGUUGUUAUUCAGGGUUUUUUAAGCCUAAACCAGAAUAUUUAGCCUAAGCUAUCCUUCGUCUUGGCUAGGGCUGUGUUCAGCUGCACAAGUUAAAUCUAGGCUAAAGCUUAUGCUGUACUUUCAACAAUUUGAGAACUCCAUCGGCAAGUUCUCAAAAAAGAUCUCUGUUUACUCCACCCGUGUUACAACUGAUAAUACAUGUAUAGUAACUGAUGAAUAACCUGCCAGUAUCACCAACCGGCCGAUGAAUUCUAAAGUGGAAAUUCCAGCUGAUCAUUUAUCACCUGUUGAUAGAUUGUGUAAUUGAAAAGAUCUGACCAACAAAUGUACUGUCACCUUGUAGCAGAUAUUGUGUCAACCACUUACAUGUAUAUCAAGAAUCAACAAUGGAUCAGCAUUGGGAAAAGGUGUGACUGUUGCAGGUUAAUUGAAGUUGAUUAAGUGCCUUUGUAGAUCACAUUCAAAUAAACAAUGUUGCGGCUAAAUAUGGAACAAGAAUGGCUAGAAAUUAAAGUUUUUAAUUUUGAGAGAAGUUGCUCCAGAACACAACACCUUAUUUACGUACUUUUGAUUAAAUUAUUUCAACCAUUUUGGUUCAUGCAUUAUUGAUCGGCAUGUGUAUAGCAAAACUUGGGGGCAGAAAUGAUCAUUGACUUGAGCUGUCAUCACAAAAGAUAGAAUGUAAAAGUGUAUCCGUUAUUGGUUUAGAUUUAUGUGGCAGUCUUCCUUAACCCUAACCCUCCUCAAUCCUUCACCUGUUGGAGGACUGAGGAGUGUUAGGGUUAAAUAAUAAACUAAGUCAGGUGCAAUUAUCCUUCAAAUCUUAGGUUUGUAUUGAUAACCGUUACAGUUUUGAGGUUAUAAUGAAUGUCCCAUUUAAGUGAACCUUAAAAAAAUUUCUGGUAGUGCAAAGUGGGCUCUUUAUUUUCUUAUUUGGUAAUUAAUUAUCCACCCACUGACUUUCAGUAUCUGCCCACGCUUUUGGGGCGUGGCAACUUGAAAUUUUUUUUUUGCCUGACUUCAUAAUGUUCAAGAAAUAAUAAUUAAUUCUCCCCAAUCAGAAGCUUCUCAAAAAACUUAAUUUCAAUUUUAAAUUUCAUGUAGGAGUGUACUGCUACUAAUUCUGUCAUAGAGCAAGAUAUGGACAUACGUGUAGCAUUUAUAUACUUGCCCGUGUAAACGUUUUUGACCUGUUGUGUACCAUUAACACAAAUUUGAAAGGUACCUUUUCACCUGUUUAAAGGCAUUCAAAUGCAUUCAAGCAAAUUUAUUGGUUAAAUGACAUUCCUCAAAGUUUGUUUAGAAAAGAAAUGGAUAUUUAAAAAAAAAUGGAUAGUGCGGCUUUAAGCUUGAUGGAACCCAUAAAUGUUCUCGUCCAAAUUUCAAGAGCCAGACCCACCACUGAGGAACAAUUAGUGCCUGGUACCCAGUGCCUCCUAUCGGGGUCUUUGAGACACUCGAGCUACAUGUAACAUGAAUGUGUGCAUGCUCAAAUGCUUCAAGCAGUUCUUUGUCCGGCAAACAAAAUUGUCAACCUUUUCUCUAUACCAAUAAAUUAUCAGUCAUUUUUUGUUGUCGGUUGAUAAAUUAACUGGUAACAGGUAAUUCGCUAUCGGUUACAUUGUCCUUCAAGAUGAUAUAUUGUUGAUUAUUGGUUUUUUAAAAAUCUAAACCAACACUAACAUGAUUUGUUUGUGAUACUUCUUCCACUGUUUACUACAUUAUAGCCCAACAGUUAUUUUUGUGAUAAAGGUUUAUUUUAUCCUGUGAGAAUGGUUAUUUGUAAUGAGCACUCCUUGGAAGGUUAGAAAAUACAGAUUUUCCUUUCUGUAUUUUAUGCAUACCGUGUGUAAAUAAUGAAAUGUGAAACUUCUAUUUACGCCACUGGUACAUAUUACUAAACAUUGUUGCCAAGGAUGAUCUGGUUACCAGUGAUGUGCAAAUCAGAUUUUUAAAUGCACUCCAGUCAGUGUUAUGUGCACGCAAGGAAGAUUUGUCUAAAAGUUUUUUUAUACAUGUAACUGAUCAUCAUUUCACCAAUCUGACAACAGUGUCAUGGAUUAGCGCCGUUUUGUCUCUUUCUACUGCAAACUUUUCUGUACGGCAUUUUCCAUCAGGCAUUUUCAAGAGCAUCCUGACAUGAUGCCAAAGUUCAAUUUUUCCUCAUAUUCUGCACCAGUCCAGGGCAUUUCAUGGCCUCUUAACUUGCGCGAUUGCCGUGAAAAAAGCUGUGUAGCAUUGGAUUUCUGCCAAGUGAGUCCAUGGUCACAUUUAGUCUCUUACAUGUAUGUGCUAAUGUGCACAAAGCUAAUGCACCUGAAAUUAGGAAUAAGGGAAAAUGAUUUCAUCACAUGUAUGUGUUAUUUACAGUGGGAUUUGCACAUCAUAAAACCUGCCAAUUUUUGUGGUCCAACUUGACUAUUGAACAUGAAAUACAAAAUGGCCUUAUCAUAUCUUGUUUGUUGGCAAACAGUUCCUUGUGGCCUUAAGGGGUGUGUGUGCAUGGUGAGAGAGUACCCUCUUCAAAUAGCAGGUGUUAUAACUGCUUUUCAAAGUUUAUCUUGUGCUUGUCCAUUUUGUCCCUUUGGCCUUGUGCUACAAAUAACACAUGCAAACAAUAAUAUUGUACAUUUUCUCAGGUCAAUUUUUUCUAGGCCCACCUUGAUAGAAGCUGGUUUUCAACAGGUACUGGUACCUUUGAUCCCAACAUAAAUGUGCUACCACUUACACACAUUUGGAAAACUUUACUUCUCAACCAUGAAUUGGUUUUUACCUAAAUGCUGAAGUUCUCUUUGAGAUGAAAAUUAGGGCUCCAUCUUCUGCUUUUGUGACAUUUGUUAUGGAUAUAUGGCCUCAGAAAAAAUGAAACGCGGCACACUU